UUUAGUUACGUAGAAGAAUGUGAGUGUGAGAGCGUGCACGAAGAAGUUGAAGUCCGCGCGGGGUAAACGUGCACGUUUUUAAUACCCUGAGUUGACCCGCCGUUUGGAUUUUGACCCAUCUCAGUGAUAUCUAAUCACUUCUUCACCGCACACUCACUUUCAGACCAGCUAUUGAAGAAGUGACGACCGUGGAUCGAUCAGCGGGGGUUGGUUGGAGGCGAAGCCGCGCCGAGGCGCUUUGAGGUCGGAUAAAGUCACCAGUAAAGACCGCGACUCGCAUCCUCCGCAUGAGCUCCACACGGACGUUAACACAGUCCGGUGCAUACCGGAGAGCAUGAGCCGAGAUGAGCCACAGAGACACGAUAGUGCAUCUGUUUGCUGGAGGAUGUGGAGGCACGGUGGGUGCGAUUCUGACCUGUCCGUUAGAGGUGGUGAAGACGAGGCUUCAGUCUUCCUCAAUAACGCUCUGCAUCUCUGAGGUGCAUCUGAGCACAGUUAAUGGAGCCAGCGUGGCACGUGUGGCUCCUCCGGGGCCCCUACACUGCCUCAGAUUAAUUCUUGAGAAGGAAGGGCCUCGUUCUUUAUUUCGGGGCCUGGGGCCCAAUCUAAUUGGAGUGGCUCCUUCACGGGCCAUCUACUUCGCCGCCUAUUCCAGCUCAAAGGAGAGACUGAACUGUGUGUUUGAACCAGACUCCACGCAGUUGCACAUGACGUCUGCUGGAAUUGCAGGGUUCACGGCCAUAACGGCAACCAACCCAAUUUGGUUGAUUAAGACGCGUCUCCAAUUGGACGCCAGGAAACGCGGGGAGCGUCGCAUGAAUGCUUUCGAGUGUGUGCGGCGUGUGUAUCAGACGGAUGGGCUGCGCGGGUUUUACCGCGGCAUGUCUGCGUCUUAUGCAGGCAUCUCAGAGACUGUGAUUCACUUUGUGAUCUAUGAAAGCAUAAAGCGGCGUCUUUUAGAGGCCAAAGCAGCAACGCACAUGGAUGGGGCUGAGGACACAGCCAAGGACGCGUCGGACUUCGUGGGCAUGAUGCUGGCAGCCGCCACUUCCAAGACCUGCGCCACCUGCAUAGCCUAUCCACAUGAGGUAAUCCGUACACGGCUAAGGGAAGAAGGAACCAAAUACCGCUCGUUCUUCCAGAGUCUCAGCCUGGUGAUCAGAGAGGAAAGCUAUCGAGCUCUUUACCGAGGACUCGCCACACAUCUGGUCAGACAGAUCCCCAAUACGGCCGUCAUGAUGUGCACCUAUGAGUUCGUCAUCUAUCUGCUCAAAGGCUAAACUUUGCCUUGGGGUGCCUCAGUAUUCAUGGAUUCUGUGGUUUCAAUCACUAUGUGGUAGUGUCUUCUGAGAGCAUGGUGUUAGGAGAGAAGGGGAAAUGACUAAAAAGGGGGUGUCUAGAAAACAUUGUUCUUGGUUUUUGUUAACUUUCUGUCUUCUAAUGUUCUUUAAAGUGAUGCUGCUUCUAAAAACCUGGACAGUCGGUUCACCUUUAGCCUCCUCGGAGUUGUUUUUCCCUCUCAAGCAGCACCUCACGUCAGAGAGAUCUUGUAGGUGGAUUCGGAAGGUUAUUUCCAGCAGAGAAGCUGUUCUUAUGUUGGCGGGUCAGUGAGGGUUUUGUCCGGCCCAUUGCUGUGCUGUAAUGGCGAUCAAAGCGUCACUGGAUUUUCUCAAGCAUUGCGCUAGAAAGGAAAUGGAGAGGAUCCAAACUGAGGCUUGCUUCCUGUCCAGGAACAGCCAAUAAGGUUGCACUUACACCAUGCAGUGCGAAAGUAAAAAGAUGUUACAUGGAUGCAUAUACCUGAGACUCUGUGCACAUGUAUGCAAAAAAAAAAAAAAAAGAUCUAAGGUCUAAGAGUGUGUUUAGUUGUUUGAAAACUGUGCAGGUGAUUGUGUGCUAAUCUCAGUCAUAUUUGUGCAUUUACUGCCCAUAUUUGAGCUUAAUACAUUAAUGUCAUUGCAGCCAAAAUAAGUUGUUAGCACAACAAACUUUAAUAAAUAUAUGUACACAGCAGCAAAAUUACUAAUGAAAGGAGUAAUCGUUCAAAAUUUAAAAAAGAAAAGCAAGUAUUAUGCAAGAAAGACAUUGCACUGUAACACAAGUUUAUUUUUUGGUGAACAUGUUGCACCCCCCAUCACAAAAACACAUAAUGAGCACAAAAAUUAAGAGUUUGUGGCCAUAGAAAAGAGUCUCAUGCUGCAAAAGAAAACAGCAUUUUUGUCUUUUUGCAGUAAAAAUAUCAAGACAUCCUGUGAAUAAGAUCGCUUUGCUUGAGAAGCAAAAUUGCAUUAGAUAUUAAGACAGACAACAUAUAUUGAAUUAAACUAUUAUUGUUAUUAUUAAAUCAUUAUUAUUAUUAAAAUAUACUAUUUAAACAUAAUUCCAAAAUGCAUAAAUCUGUUUUAUUAGAUUUCUACUUGACUCAUUGGCAAGUUUCUUCUGUUGUUAAGAAUAAAAUGCCGUGUAUUUAGACUGAGAAUGUCUUUAUAUCUAUAUUUAUUAUAUUUAUAUUUUUGUUUCUCAAUUUCAAGUGAAAUGAUCUUAUUUUAUAAGAAUGUUUGUUAUUUUCAUGAAAACGACUAAAAUACUGCUAAAGAUUUAUUGCAGUGAAGACAAGUUAUUCAAAUAUAAAAUAUUGCCAAGCUGUAAAAAUUCAUGUUUUCACUUUGAUGCAGUUUUGUGUCUGGUUCUCUCACACUUAUAUGCCUUUAUGAUAUGUCACGAGCCCAGUGUUUGAUUGUUUUGUUUACAGUCAGUUUGGUGUGGCCUGCUCUGUUGUCACUGUUCAUUAGGACAUUAAUAUUCAGCAGUUCAUUAUAUGGAAAAAUAAAUGCAUACAAGAAAACAAA